ACGAAGGACGCUCCCUCACGCACCUUUACAAACCAAGCAUCAUGGCCGCUCUCCAGGUUAACGCGCUCUUCAAGAAGGUCGCGCCCGCGCCCGCGAAGAAGGCUGCCCCCGCGAAGAAGGGUCUCUUCGGCGCGAAGCCCGCCCCCGCGAAGAAGGCUGCGCCCGCGAAGAAGGCUGCCCCGGUCAAGAAGGCUGCCCCCGCCAAGACCAAGGUCGUCAAGAAGGCGGCGCCCGUGAAGAAGUCUUCCGGCAAGCCCUCCCAGGCUGGCGGCGACCUCGCGAAGUGGUAUGGCAAGAACCGCCGCUUCUACCUCCCCUCCGGUCUCCUCGACCCCGCCACGGACGUCCCGUCCUACAUGGACGGCACCCUCGCGGGCGACUACGGCUUCGACCCCCUCAAGCUCGGCGCGGACGGCAAGAUUAACGACUACCGCGCCGCGGAGGUGAUCCACGCGCGCUGGGCGAUGCUCGCCAUCCCGGGCAUCGUCAUCCCGGAGGCGCUCGGCAUCCCGGGCGGCGUCUGGACGGAGACCGGCAAGGUGUUCCUCGACGGCGAAGCCGGCCGCCCGGAGAUUCUCCAGAACCCGAUCAUCUUCGCCGGGAUCCAGAUCGCGCUCUUCGCCGCGGUGGAAGGGUACCGCUCGGGCAAGGUGGCGCCCCCGGAGGGUUUCGUCCCGGGCAAGGGCAAGUUCUCCGGCUCUGACUUCGCGGGCCUCGACCCGAUCAACCCCGGCGGUCCCCUCGACUUCUUCAACGUCGCGUCGACGCCGGAGGAUCUCGCUAUCCUCAAGGUGAAGGAGAUCAAGAACGGCCGCCUCGCGAUGAUCGCGAUGCUCGGCGUUUUCGUCCAAGGGCUCACCACGGGCGAGGGGCCGGCGGCGAACUGGGGCAAGCACGUCGCCGAUCCGUUCGGUUACAACUUCGUCACCAUCUCCGCGAUCGAGCGCACGCCCGUCCUGUAAACGGUCGAUCGUGUUCAAUUUUGUGACUCGCGUCGCGGCGACCGCGAGCUCGCGCGUUCACGUUAUUAACAGCGAGCUCGUUCCCGCGACGCGCGGAGACCCGGUGAUGAAUGGCGGUGCGAAGAAAAACGACGCGAACGCGUCGUCGUUGAACAUGUUUGAACGCUGCGCCGGGACGGCUUGACUAGCGAGUGUAGAGUUCCGCGACGCGCGGAGUGUUCAAUACGUAAACGAGACUAUGAGCGUUU